AGUAUAUACCAUCUAAACCUGUACGCUCGGGUCUAAAAGUAUGGUUACGUUGCGACAGUGUCUCCGGUUUUUGUCACCAGUUCGAAGUGUACAUGGGAAGAGCACGUGGUCAGCGACAGAGCAUUCCAUUAGGCCAGGGCGUGGUAGAAAGACUUACAGAGAGUCUGGUUGGAAAGAAUUUCCAUGUAUUUUUUGACAGCUUCUUCACAUCGGUCAGUCUUGCUAGAGUUCUUUUGGCUAAAAGAAUCUUCUCCUGUGGAACUAUUGUAAGGAACAGAAAAGGUUUUCCAAGUGACCUGAAGUCGCUCCCCCCACUCAAUAGAGGAGAUUUUCUUACAAGACAGGAUGGAAAUUUAACGGCGACUGUCUGGAUGGAUACUAGACCUGUGGCUGUUUUAGCCACAAAUUCCUCGCCGCUACAGGAAAGUGCCCCCGUCUCACGGAGACUCAAGAACGGAUCAACUGUUGUUGUUCGCAGACCCCAGUCUUUUGCAAAUUACCAAACCUAUUUUCGUGGGGUUGACCUUUUUGAUCAAUUACGAUCAAAGUACAGCAUAGGCAGACAGAGCCGGAAGUGGUGGAAAUACCUGCUGCAUUUCCUCAUCAAUGUAGCCAUCAUUGAUGCCUUUAUCAUUUUCAAAGAGAGUGGCCAGUCAAGGAAAAACCGAUACAGUCAACAGGAUUUUCGAUUAGCAUUAGCAGAGGAGCUGAUUGGAAAUUUUUCUGGUAGAAAGGAACCAAAACCAACUCACAAACCAUAUAUUUGUCAGGUUGGGUAGAAACAGGUCAUACUGCAAGCGGUGCUGCGUAUCUACCCCAAGAAAAAGGAAAGACACUUGUUAUGGGUGUGCCGUCUGUAAUGUUCAUCUGUGCAGCAAUGCUUGUUACAAUGAAUAUCAUAGAAUUUACCAACUUCAAGAAGAAUGAGAGAAUUGUUGUUGUCGCAUGUGAACUGGGUUUAUUCAUUUUCAAUUAUUUAUCAAUACUCACGAUGCGGUUUUUUUUUAUAAGUAGCAGGAAGUUAGAUCUCAGUGUAAUUAACUGCUGAAACCACAAAAACAAAAAUGAUUCCACAAGAAUAAUUGCUUUACAAUCGUAAAUGCGAUAAGAAGUGUGAUAAUGUAACCUAAAGUUACCUUGUUGAGAUUUAUGCAUAUGUAUCAAUUAGUCGUGAUACCUUUGUGGUUGAAUAACAUUCUAAUGAACAAAAGAUUAUAAUACAAACAAUACUUUAACAAAAAUGAAAUUGCAUGUAUAUAGCAGAAUGUUAAGCGUAUCAGUAUUCAACGAGUUUACAGAACAUCGAAAUUGAGAACUGAGAAAUGUGAA